CAUUGACUCUUUUCCCAUCACCGGGGAGUCGCGAAACGGAAGUUUCUGAAUCCCCCCUUUGCUUCAUAAGCCCUAGUCUCUCUCCUCGAUUCUCUCUCUACAAUACAUACUGGAUAUCAGUCUACUGAGCUUCAUCGAUCCCGCGCUGAUCUGCCAAAUUCAUUCAAUUUCAUUCUGAUCAGAAAUUGAAAUGUGAUGCCGAUUGCUGAUUUUCGGUUUUCAAUGGAGUUUAAUGAGAUCUGUUCUUUGUGAUAACUGAUAAGAGGAGGAUGGAUUAGAGAACGUGAAAAUGCCAGCGUCUCUGCAUCCUGCUCCUAGAGUGGAUACUUUGAAACUGAAGCUUCAUAUUGAGAGAAAGCUUGGUCAUGAGAAAUCUGAUAAGUAUUUCCAGUUACUGAACCGAUAUUUGAGUUGCAAGCUGAGCAAGUCUGAAUUUGAUGUGCUCUGUAUUGGUGUUAUUGGUAGAGAGAACAUUCUCCUCCAUAAUCACCUUAUUCGAUCGAUCUUAAGAAAUGCGUUUCUUGCAGAGACAUCACCAACCGAAGCUAGGUCAAGUGUCUCACUUAAUGUCAAGCUUCCGAAUGGAUGCUUAAGAGGUAACCUUCAGUCACUUUGUAGAGAUGCAUUUCCUCAGUCCCCAAGGAAGGGGAGGACACCUAAUAUUCGUGAAAGGAAGUUCAGGGAUCGGUUUAGCCCACUCGGUCCACAUGGCAAAUCUCAUGUCCCUAAAUUCAUUCAACAGAAGAAUGCUAAUGACAAAUACUGUAGAAGUGUCCUAAUACCUCCAAUUGGAAUAUCUACAAAGGGUAAACAAAAGAAGAAGAAGAAUAAGAAUAAGAAGAAACUACUUGAUAGUGAACUUCCUGAUAGUGUUUCUUUGAAAGCUAGACUGGAUAAAGAUCUUGAGAUGGAGGGUUUCACCAUUUCAGUUGAUUCUGUCAACCUAUUGAACCGUGGGCUUGAUGUUUACCUGAAGAGAUUGAUAUUGCCCUCUUUGGAGUUAGCUCGUUCGCGGAUGAUGAUGAGUAACAAGCCCCAGAGCGAAAAUGGGAUGAUGAGAUAUUUAGAAAAACGGGAAAGAGCUAUAUUUGCUUCUUUGUUGGACUUCCAAGUUGCAUUGGAAGCCAAUCCAACUAUACUCGGAGAAGAUUGGCCUGUACAACUUGAGAGGAUUUGUUUACAUUCAACCGUAUCAGAGAUGGAAAUGAAAUUUAGUGGGUAAAUAAUUUGGUUCAUAAGUUUUUUUUUAGUAAUUAAUUUCUAGAAUCCAUUUUAACAGUGAGUUGUAGCUUCAUUUGGAAACACAAUCUGAAAACCCUAAAUUUGGUGGCGGUUCUAGAUUUAGAAACAAGAGUGUUUCCAAAUAGGGCAUUAACUCAGACCUAACUUGUACUCUCAAAAUGGGAUUUGCUUAUUAUGCUGGUAAAAAACACUUGUAAAGAUCUAGUCACUAAAGUAGUAACCCCAUGUUCUCCAACUUUUUAUAUAUAUAUAUUUGGUUUUGUUUUGUUCAUGAAUAAAAGAUGGGCUCUUUGAGUUUUGUUUCUUUUGAA